CCACACAGCAAAAACACCUCACCACCGCAAACGCUGAAAAAAAAAGCUUUACAAAUGGCGAAAACGCUAAUAUGGAGGCCGUACAUUCUGCCGUCGACACGCACAUUUCUCUUCAAUCAGAAACAACGGUUGGUUUCAUGCAACUCAAUUCUCUCAAACAAAUCGGAAUCUAAUUCCUUUCUUAGGUCAAACAGUUACUGCUCUAAAACAAACCGUCAAAUCAAAAGCUUUAACAACAAUGAUAAUUUGUUACCAAAAUUAGGGUUUGGUAAUAAUUGUCGUAGGUUUAAUGUUAGAGCUACUAAUGUUAAUGAUGCUGGCUCAAUUGACUCUCCUCUUAUGCAGUCCAUGGAGAAAAAGAUUAAGGAGAGUUUGAAUGCAGAUUCAGUUGUUGUUAAAGAUGCUUAUGGAGAUGGUCGCCACGUUAGUAUCGAUGUCAUCUCUUCAGCUUUUGAAGGACAAUCAGCUGUGAAUAGGCAGAGGAUGGUGUACAAAGCCAUAUGGGAGGAGCUUCAGAACACUGUGCAUGCAGUUGAUCAGAUGACGACCAAGACACCAGCCGAAGUUGAAGCUCGGAAGUGAUUAAUCAUGUACCUUAAUUAAUGUCAAGUUGAAUAUAAAGAUUCCCUAUCAAAUUGUCUUGCUACAAGGCAUAAGAAGAAAUGGUAAGCCAAUUUUCGGGUUCAAUUGUUUGUAUUCCAUUUUUGUCACUGCUUGCUGCAACUCUAUAAAUUUUAUUUGGAGAUGCUACUUCAUAAAUUUUAUACCGAUCGUUAGAGGCUCA